GGUUUUGUCUAUAUAUAUAAAGUCUCCAUGCAACCAAAAAACCAACUCUGAACAAGAAAUAAUGGUACUAUAAAGAGAGUGAUGGAGAUAGAGGUGGUGGGAUCGUCAAUGGAGGGUGGUGGCGGUGGCGGCGGUGAUGGUGGAGGCAGCGGCGGCGGUACUUGCUUGGUAUGGGAAGAUCUGACGGUGGUACUUCCAAAUAGUAGUAACAAGCCGACGAGGAGGAUACUGAAUGGGUUGAGUGGUUUUGCUCAGCCGUCUCGGAUCAUGGCAAUCAUGGGUCCUUCUGGUUCGGGGAAAUCCACACUUCUUGAUUCGUUAGCCGGAAGAUUAGCUGGAAAUGUUAUAAUGACCGGGAACGUUCUUUUGAAUGGGAAAAAAAAGAGACUCGACUAUGGGGCGAUUGCUUAUGUGACCCAAGAAGACAUACUACUCGGAACACUCACCGUGAAAGAAACCAUCACAUACUCGGCAAAACUCAGACUACCAGGAGACUUAACCAAAUCUCAACUCAAUGACAUUGUUGAAGGAACUAUAAUCGAGAUGGGUCUUCAAGAUUGUACAGAUAAACUCAUCGGGAACUGGCAUUUAAGAGGCAUAAGUGGUGGUGAGAAGAAAAGACUCAGUAUCGCCCUCGAAAUUCUCACCAAACCAACCCUCUUGUUUCUUGAUGAACCCACCAGUGGCCUCGACAGCGCCUCCGCCUUCUUCGUGGUUCAAGCUCUCAGAAGCGUGGCUCGAGAUGGCCGGCGAACAGUCGUCUCUUCGAUCCACCAACCGAGCAGUGAAGUAUUUGCACUCUUUGAUGAUCUGUUUUUGUUGUCCGGAGGCGAAACCGUGUUCUUUGGUGAAGCCAAAUUGGCCAUAGAGUUUUUUUCUGAUGCUGGAAUACCAUGUCCAAGUCGAAGAAACCCUUCCGAUCACUUCCUUCGUUGUAUCAACUCAGAUUUCGAUAGGAUCAACGCUACAUUACAGGGUUCUCAAAGACAAUGGGACACCAAAGGCAUAUGCGACACUAUCUUAUCUUGUUCAACAACAGCUCAUAUCAAAGGCAUGCUUGUUCACAAAUUCAAAUCUUCGAAAUAUGCAGCAGAUGCAAGAACCAGAAUCAAAGAAAUCUCAACCAUUAAAGGACUUGUGGUUGACAGAAUGGGCGGGAGCAAGGCCAGUUGGUGGAAGCAGCUAACAACAUUAACAACGAGAUCAUUUAUAAACAUGUGUAGAGAUGUUGGGUACUACUGGUUGAGGAUAGGGGUGUACAUCGCUGUAUCUCUCUGCGUCGGGACUGUCUUUUAUGAUAUUGGAACGAAUUACCACGCUAUGUUAGCACGUGGAGCUUGUGGCGGAUUCAUAUCUGGUUUUAUGAUCUUCAUGUCAAUUGGAGGCUUCCCUUCGUUCAUUGAAGAAAUGAAGAUUUUCCAUCGAGAAAGGCUCAAUGGGCACUAUGGCGUUGGUGUGUUCAUUCUUUCGAACUUCAUAUCAUCACUCCCAUUCUUGGCAUUCAUGUCGUUCAGUACUGCACUGAUUACUUAUAACAUGGUGAAAUUUCAUCCGGGGUUCAUCCACCAAUUGUACGCUUGCCUUGAUCUUUUGUUAUCGAUUGCUGCCGUUGAGAGUUGUAUGAUGGUCAUUGCUGCGGUUGUUCCAAACUUCAUGAUGGGAAUCAUCAUCGGUGCAGGUUUCAUUGGUGUUAUGAUGAUGACUGCCGGAUUCUUUCGUCUCCUCCCUGAACUCCCGAAGGUCUUCUGGCGAUACCCAGUUUCGUAUAUCAAUUAUAUGUCAUGGGCGUUACAGGGAGCAUACAAGAACGACAUGAUCGGACUGGAAUUUGAUUCUGAAUAUGAAGGUGAACCAAAGCUUCCAGGCGAGUUUAUUCUUACCACGGUGCUUGGGAUCUCACUCGACCACUCGAAGUGGUGGGACUUAGCAGCGGUUGGGGCCAUAAUAAUCUCUUACCGACUAUUAUUCUUCGUUAUACUCAAGUUGAAGGAACAAGCGAAACCAGUGGUUCGAGAGAUUUACACCAGAAGAACCCUACAUCAUCUAAAGAAAAGGCCAUCUUUCAGGAAAACUUCACCAUUUCCUUCAAAGAGACACCAACCUGCUCAUUCUCUUUCAUCUCAGGAGGGUCUUAAUUCUCCACUUCACUAGAUGGAUAUAUGGUUUCAUUAUUGGGUUGAAUGAUCCAUCGUAUUGGGUUCGAGUCUAUAUGGUUGUAUAAGUGUACACGGAAUUAUACCAUUUUUUAUGUAUGCAAAUCUACAAUGAAAACGUGAAUUUGAUUGUUUGG